AUGUUCUCCGCCACUCGCCUCCACAUCUUCGUCUGCCUCGCACUCGGCAUCGCAGUUAGCGCCGCUCCCGCUGGCUCGGGAUCCAACGUCGACGCUCGCUCGCCGGACGUGUACGACCUGACUGGCGGCCUUGGCGCUCUUCUCUUCGGAUACCCUACGGGUUACGGCGGAGACAGUGACGAGGACGCCUACAUCCUCAAGCGCCAAAUCGAGAACCUCAAGGUUGGAUCUCGACUCGAUAUCAACAUGAGCGCCGCGCUCGGCCAAUGCCUCGGACUCGACAAUGCCGUCCCUCUCAACUCUAUACCGAAGCACGAUCUGUACGAUCUGACUGGUGGUGUCGGCGCGCUCCUCUUCGGCUAUCCCGAGGGAGAAGCAGGAGAGGGGGACGAAGACGCGUACAUCCUCAAGCGCCAGCUUCCCGCCACCGCCACCGCCGGCGUUGGCUCCCUCCUGGGCUCGAACAUGGGCAUUCAACACGCUGCGCCGCUCGCUGAGGCCGGCCUCAGUCUCGGUAGCACCAUCAACGCGGUGUCGACGCGCGACCUGUACGAUACGACGGGCGGUAUUGGCGCGCUACUCUUCGGGGCCGAGGGCUACGGCGGAGAGGCCGGCGAAGAUGAAUACAUCCUGAAGCGCGAUGCCUCUGAAGUCGAGGCGCGCUCUCCGGACCUCUACAACCUUACUGGUGGAAUCGACGCGUUGAUUUUUGGUGUUGAGGGCGAGGGACACGGUGGUGGUGGCGACGAGGACGCCUACAUUUUGUAG